AUGCAAUUUCAGCAAUGGUUGGAGAAGAACCAAAAGGAAGUCCUUGCAGCCUCCAGAGAGGAUAUGGGCAGCCGUUUGGAGCGGUUGGAGAAGAUAUCAGUCGAAAAACUACUGAAGGGUAGUACAGAGAGAAUUAUUGCGAGCCCCCGAGAAUAUCAGAUUGACCUGUACGAGCGGGCAAAAAAUGAGAAUACCAUUGUGGUUCUCGACACAGGCUCUGGGAAAACGUUAAUCGCCGCGCUUCUUCUGCGAAGAGUCCUUGAGGUCGAAAUAGAGAAUCGUGCAAAGGGCUACAAGCCUAAAACCGCCUUCUUCAUCGUGGAAAAGGUGGCAUUGUGUUUUCAGCAGCAUGCUGUUCUGACCAGUAAUCUUGAGUUUCCAAUUGGCAAAAUCUUUGGCGACAUGAAAGGCGAAAUCGGGGAUCCAGAGUUUUGGCGUCAGCAAUUUUCAGAAAAUAUGGCAUUUGUGUGCACCGCGCAGACAUUACUCAGCAUGCUCGGCUCUGGCUUCAUCUCCAUGAGUCAAAUCAACUUGCUUGUAUUCGAUGAGGCGCAUCAUACAAAGAAGAACCACGCUUACGCCCGAAUUAUGGAGGGUUAUCCUCGUUGGGAGAACGAGCGUCCUCGUAUACUAGGUAUGACGGCAUCGCCAGUGGACUCGUCAAAAGCAGAUGUGCGCAUCGCUGCUAUGGACUUGGAAGAAAUGCUCUGUAGUAAAAUUGCCACAAUAUCGGAUGAAGCAUUGGGGGGGUUCCGAGAUCACCGAGAUGAAACGGAGCUUACCGAACGUUACGAGAAACUGGAGGACCCUCAACACUCAAAGACACAGUUGUGGGAGGCGAUUUCUCGCUGCAUUGGUAGCAAUCCACAGUUCAAAGCGCACCUUUGCUUUGCAAAAGACGCAUCCUCAGUCUUGGGUACAUGGUGCGCUGACCGUUACUGGCAACUCCUCGCAACCAACGAUGAAAUGGCCAGGAUCGAGGCAAAGACUGGGCGCGACACUCUAGAACUUGAUGUUUUCGACAGUGAUGAGGCCAUAGCAGCUGUUAGUCGAACACGAGACGUUAUCCGAGAUCACCAAUUCGGACCAAUAGCCAAGGACUGGUCAGACCUGUCAUCAAAGGUCAAAACACUCCAUGGAGUUCUUGAAAAUGCCUUUUGCCAACGGCUAUCGAAAAGAUGCAUUGUAUUCGUAGAACAGAGAGCGACUGCUUUCCUGCUGACAGAUUUGUUCCAACAGCCAGAAAUGAGUAUCCCCGGAAUGAGAGUAGCCUAUAUGAUUGGUUCCAACGCCUCUUCAGCAAAUGCGGCAAACAUGUCACUCAAAGACCAGGUCGUGUCUCUUCAAAAGUUCAAACGCGGCGAAACCAACUGUCUAUUUGCCACUUCCGUAGCAGAAGAAGGAAUUGACGUGCCAGAGUGUGACGUUAUCAUUCGAUUCGACCUUUGCGUAUCAGCCAUCCAAUAUAUCCAGUCUAAAGGCAGAGCUCGACAAAGUUCGUUCCUUUACGUUACCAUGGUGGAAAGCAACAACAUAUACCAUCACCGAAAGUUCCAACAAGCAAAGUCGGCUGCCUUCGAGCUGCAGCGGUUUUGUCGCGCUCUACCCGAGGAUCGUAAAGUUGAAGACUUUGACGUUAGGCCCGAGGUAUUGAAGGAUUGCGAGUCAAUCAUUACCACCGCGGCAGGCGGUGGUCUUAAGCUUAUUGACAGCUUGGCGUGUUUGGCCAAGUACGCAUCGUCUUUAUCCAAAGAUGGAUUACAAAAGUUGGAAUACGUUGUCAAACCCGACAAGAAACAAUUCAUUGCGAGCGUUGUUCUGCCAGAUGGAUCUCCGAUCAAGACUAUUCAGGGAGUAUCACAAAGAACAAAACAGCUAGCAAGAUGUUCAGCCGCCUUUGAAGCCUGCAGGAUUUUGAUUGAAAGGGGAUACAUUGACAAACACCUCCAGCCGGCCUUCGCCAAGAAACUGCCUGCAAUGCGAAAUUCGAGGCUGGCACUCUCAGCAGAUAAAAAGUCGGAGUAUGAAAUGCUAGUUAAACCCAAGUUCUGGUCACUUUGUCUCGGCCCUGAGCCUCCUACCACUCUGUAUCAGACUACCAUAUCUCUCAGCCAGUCAGCAGCUCUUGGGAAUCCAUCCCGACCUCUGAUUCUUCUUUCAAGGAAUCCGCUUCCUGAUAUACCCAGCGCGCCUUUAUUUUUUGGUGGCGGUCAAACGUCUAUUGUACGCAUUUCUCAUUCAAAACGUUCCCUUGAAGUAACAUCCCGGGAAGUAAUAGCACUAUCGAGCUUCACACUAAGACUCUUUGCUCAUGUUUUUAGCAAAGAAUAUGAAGCCGAGCCAUGUGAGCUUCCAUACUUUAUCGCGCCUUGUAGUGUUUCCAGGGACCAAAGCAGAGAAGAUGAAUCAAAUAUCGACUGGGAGGUUGUGUAUCAUGUUGAAAAAAUCGAGCGUCUUGAGUGGAGGAAUGCUCCGAAAGAGUUCUUCAAAGACAAACUUGCCAUGGACCCAUGGGACGGAUCACGCAAAUAUAUCCUGAGUGGAAUUAAUGAAAGGCUAAAGCCGUCUGAUCCGACUCCAGAUGGUGUUCCGCAACCAAAAAGCGCAGCGUAUAAAAAGGUUGAGCAAAACAUCAAAGAGUACAGCAACAGUCUUUCCUUGCAAUCCAGAAAGCGAAGGGAUUGGAGUAACGAUCAACCAGUCGUCAAUGCCGAACUACUUCCUAUAAGACGAAAUUUUUUAGACGAAUAUUUCAUCGAUGAUGAGGGUGACAGAACCUGUUAUAUUAUCCUCGAACCUCUCGUAGUGUCUCCUCUGCCGAUUGACAUCGUUUUCAUGGCAUUGGUUUUGCCUGUAGUAAUGUACAGAAUCGACUCCGUAUUGAUCGCCUCCGAAAUAUGUUCGUCGGUUGACCUAGCCAUUCUCCCCGGUCUUGCCCUAGAAGCAGUAACAAAGGAUAGCUUCAAUACCGAAGAGCACGGUGAAGACCAGCUCGAUUUUCAGCCCGGAAUGGGCAAGAAUUACGAACGCUUAGAGUUUCUUGGCGAUACGUUCUUAAAGAUGGCUACUACUAUCUCGGUGUAUACACUCUACCCCCAUGAAAACGAAUUCGAGUAUCAUGUCAAGCGGAUGUUGAUGUUGAACAACAGAAACUUGUUUAGUCAUGCCGUGAAAAGGAAUUGGCCGGGCUACAUUCGCACUAGAGCAUUUGACCGUCGGACAUGGUAUCCCAGCGAUAUCAAGUUGCGGAAGGGCAAGGUAACUAAAGCAAAGGCCAAGCAGCAUUGCCUAUCACAUAAAUCAAUUGCAGACGUUUGUGAAGCACUCAUUGGAGCAGCGUACUUGACAAGCAAGAGCGACGAUAACAUGGACAUGGCGGUAAAGGCAGUCACAACCAUGGUCAACUCCGAAGACCACACCAUGACUGAGUUCAGAGACUACUUUGCAAAGUAUAAGACCCCAGAGUGGCACAGCUAUGAGCCAACUGCGGCGCAGCGCAACAUGGUGGAAUGCAUUGCUGAGAUCACAGGCUAUCGCUUCAAGCGCCCACCUCUCCUGCGCAGUGCCUUUAAACACUCGUCGUACGUGUACGAGGAAAAAAUUAAGCGCGACUACCAACAACUUGAGUUUUUGGGAGAUGCAUUAAUAGACAUGGUCGUGGUUGACUUUUUGUAUACCCGAUUCCCCGAAGCAGAUCCAAAAUGGCUAACAGAACACAAGAUGGCCAUGGUGUCGAAUCAGUUCUUGGGCUUUCUUUGCGUUAAGCUCGGCCUUAGCAAGCAUCUAAUGGUUGCUACAUCUCCCCUCCACAGCAGAAUCAGGGAGUAUACAGCCGAAGCCAAGGAAGCUGAGGAAAGGGCCAGGGCCCGAAAGAAGUCACAAGACAAUGACGCUGCAGCUACCUCGGAUAAAGACCCUUCAGCUGAGGCCCCAAGUGUGACACAGGAUUUCUGGGUUGAAAUCCAACAGCCGCCAAAAGCUCUGGCAGACGUUGUUGAAGCCCUUGUGGGUGCCAUGUUUGUCGACUCGGGAUACUCCUUCUCCGUAGUGCGAGACUUCUUUGCGAAAUUCAUACAGCCCUAUUUCGAGGACAUGGCGUUACUCUCGUCAUUUGCUUCCAAUCACCCAGUCACCGUCUUGAUACACGCCCUGCAGGACGAUUUCCGCUGCACCCAGUGGAAGCUUCACAUGGCCAGCGUGCCACCCUCCAAAGACGAUGCCGGCGUCGCCAUCUUGGCCGAAAGCGAACUUCUCUGCGCACUAAUGAUACACGGCAAUGUGAUUGCCCAUGCCACGUCGACAAAGAGCGGCGUGGCUGCCAAGCUGGCGGUUGCAAAGCUAGCGCUGAAGACGCUGGCAUCUAUCCAAGACGCGAGCCAUUUUAGGACGGAGAUGGGGUGUGAUUGUGGCGGUGGUAGUACUGCGGCCGCUUUGAACUAG